UUUAUUUUUUCUAUAAAUUGUCCUCCUUCAAUUCUUAUGCUUCUUCACUCUAAAUCUAACUAAUUUUUUUUUGUUACAAAGUUUUAUUUUCUGUAAAAAUGGUUGAUGUUGUUGCUGAUGCAAACAUGGAUGCUGUACAGCGCCGUCUCAUGUUCGAUGACGAGUGUAUUUUGGUGGAUGUCAAUGACAAAGUUGUUGGUCAUGAAUCCAAGUACAAUUGUCAUUUGAUGGAAAAGAUCGAAUCUGAGAAUUUGUUGCACAGAGCUUUCAGUGUAUUUCUUUUCAACUCAAAGUAUGAACUUCUUCUUCAGCAACGAUCUGCAACAAAGGUAACCUUUCCUUUGGUGUGGACAAACACGUGCUGCAGCCAUCCUCUCUACCGAGAGUCUGAGCUUAUUGAGGAGAAUGCUCUUGGUGUAAGAAAUGCUGCACAAAGGAAGCUUCUUGAUGAACUUGGUAUUCCUGCUGAAGAUGUCCCGGUUGACCAGUUCACACCAUUGGGCCGUAUGCUUUACAAGGCACCGUCUGAUGGAAAGUGGGGAGAGCAUGAACUUGAUUAUCUUCUGUUCAUCGUUCGUGAUGUCAAUGUUCACCCGAACCCGGACGAAGUUGCUGAUAUCAAAUAUGUGAACCAAGAACAACUGAAAGAGCUUUUGAGGAAAGCAGAUGCUGGUGAAGAAGGUUUGAAGCUAUCUCCUUGGUUCAGACUUGUUGUUGACAACUUCUUGUUCAAAUGGUGGGACCAUGUUGAGAAAGGGACUAUCCAAGAAGCUGCUGAUAUGAAAACCAUUCACAAGUUGACUUAAAAGCCAUGUUGCUUGGAGUCCCCAAAAAUAUUGCGCACUUGUGUGGAUCCGAUAAUGCACCUGUCGUCAUUUUUGAAGUGUCUGAGCAAACAUAGCUUAAAUGGAGCCAACUUUUAAAAUGGUUGAACAAAUACAUUCCUAUUCCUAUUUAGACAAAUAAAUUUGGUAGUAAUAUUUUCAAGAUUUCCUUUUUUGCAUCCUUAUGUUUUGUUGUUGUUGUGAGAAUAGAACAAAAGUAUCAUUGAACUGAUCAGAACUUGUAACAUAGACAUGUUUCUGUUGAAUUUUAAUGAAGUAGCUUGUUGUUUUGUGCUUGGCAAA